AUGCAUCAAGCAACAUCAAACAUCAACAACAAAAUCUUGAUCUUUUGGGAUCAAGACUAUACAGGCUCAGUCAUUGACCAAGAUGAGCAGCAAAUGACUGUUGAGCUACAACAUGUAGAAGCAACUGAAGUUUUCCAAUUAACUGUUAUCUAUGCCAAGUGCAAAACAAACCUCAGAAGACCACUGUGGGAGGUAUUAAGGCAGAAAUUCUUGACAUAUACCAUCCCAUGGUGCGUGAUUGGAGAUUUCAAUGUUAUUGCAUCCAUUAAAGAAAAUAUAGGGGGUCUACCAUACCAACUAAGUAAGAGCAUGGACUUCCUCAAUAUGAUAGAAGAUUGUGGACUUGUAGACCUGGGGUUCUAUGGCCCUAGAUAUACUUGGUCUAAUGGAAGAGCUCCAGGAUCAAUAAUUUGGAAGAGAUUGGACAAAGGCAUGGUAAAUGACAAUUGGCUAAUCUCAUUCCCAGCUACCACCAUUUCACACUUAGCCUCCACUAGGUCUGAUGAAAAUCCCCUUAUAAUGGAGAUGAAUGUCAGACAGGAUACUAGCAAAAAGUACUUCAAGUUUCUCAACUGUUUGGUGGAAAAUGAAGGCUUCAUCCUUUUGGUUCAAGAAAUUUGGAAUCAGGAAGUCAGAGGUAAUGCUAUGUGGAUCUUCUAUCAAAAACUUAAAGCAGUCUCUAAUGCUUUAAGUAAAUGGUCGAGGCAGGAAUAUGAGGAUAUCUUCCAGAAGGCCAAGGAAUAUGAAAAAAAGUGA